AUGAAUCACAACCAUGAAGAAACUAUGAAGAAAAUCAGUGUGGUGAACCUUGAUAAACUUUUAGAUAACUUCUCAGAGAUAGAAAAGAAAAUAUCAGAAAUUAAUGAAGCAAAUAACCUACUGGUUCUUCAGCUGGAAAAAUGUAACAGGUUGUUAACAUUAAGCCAAUCAAAGGAGGAAUCAGUAAAAGAAGAAUGUACUACUCUACAGAAUGUGAUAAAGGGUCUUACACAAACCAUUGAAAACCAGUGUAAUGUGAAAGAUGAAAAUGAUAGACUGAAGGGUACCGUUCACAUCUUGGAAGAGAAAUUAAAGGCUUGUGAACAGGAAUAUAAAGAUCAGAUUGAGAAACUUAUGAUAGAAAUUAAAAACAAAGAGGAAGACCACAAAUUAGAAAUAACACAGAUGAAUUGCGAUAUAAGAAGAAAAAUUGAAAUAAAAGAAGUGGAGUAUAGAGAACAGAGAGAGAAAAAAGAACUGGAAAUCUUAGAGCUAACUAGACAGCUGAAAAUUCAAAAUGAAGAGAAGCAGAAUGAAAUAAUUAAACUGCAGAUAGAGUUCAAUGCUAAAUUAGCAAGAGUUCAAAAUAAAACAACAAAAUCAUUUUCAGAUGCUUCUGUUUUGCCGCAAAGUAUCUAUCGAAGGAAGCUGCAGCAUCUCCAGGAGGAGAAAAACAAGGAAAUUGAAAUUCUCCGAAACACUGUAAGAGACUUAGAGCAACGUCUUAAUAAAGGCCAAGACUUGCAGUUCAAACGGAGGUGGUUUUGA